AUGUCAAUUCGACGGGCUUUAUCCAAAAUUAAACCGAGAACCAACCACCAUGAGGAUGAGUCUACAAGUAGCGCCUCGAGGGUUGCCUCACCAUCCCCACGUCGCAGUUUUCUCGGUGGCCUCCUGCCAACCCGCGAUUACGUUUCGUCCUCAGAUGAAGGGUCCGAUGACUCUGCGUCUGCAGGGACUUUGAGUAAGAACCAACAGAAACGUAUGGCUCGUCGUCAGCGUCGACAAGAGCGGUCGCGCCAAAGUGAGGAUCAACGUUCGGAGGAUUCGGAAAGAAGACGCAGAGACGACAUCGCUCUUGCGGCUCAGCAAGAAACUCCCGAAAUGAAGGCGCGGUAUGGUGAUUUACCGUUAAUGCAGUCCCGCGAUCGUCCCCGCGAUCAGCGCACUCGACUCGAGAAUGUCUCCAAAAGCAUCGAGGGGCAGGAGGUUCUCUUCACGGCCCGUUUGCAUAUUGUUCGGCGCAUGAGUGCAAAGCUGGUCUUCCUCGUGUUCCGCCAACAACUCUUCACUUUCCAGGGUGUACUACAUGAGCAGCCGGGGUCCAAGUCGCUGGCUAUGGUCCACUGGGCUGAACACCUGCGCCUUGGUUCCAUUGUCCGUGUUCGCGGCCACGUCCAGACCCCAGAUGUUCCCGUGCUGGGUUGCACAAUCCAUGAUGUCGAGCUGGCUAUCGAUGAGAUCCACGUGGUCGUGCGCCGGGACGAUCCUGUUCCAUUUAGCGUCUACGAGGCCGAGAUUCGUACCACCGAAGAGGAUCGUGUUGAGGGCCGUCGCAGUCGCAUUCCGGAUCGCACUCGUCUCGCCAACCGUGUACUCGACCUCCGGACACCUACAUCUCAAUCUAUCUUCCGCCUUCAGUCCACGGUGUGUAAUCUGUUCAGAUUCGCCUUGGACGAGGAGGGCUUUAUAGAGAUUCACACCCCCAAGCUACAGGGCUCUGCAACCGAAUCUGGAGCCAGUGUCUUCGGGCUCAGCUACUUUGGUCGCGAUGCUUUCCUCGCGCAGAGCCCGCAGUUGGCCAAGCAGUUGGCCAUCUCAGCUGAUUUUGGCCGCGUCUACGAGAUCGGUGCCGUUUUCCGUGCAGAAAACUCCAACACCCACCGCCAUCUGACUGAGUACACCGGUCUGGAUGUUGAGAUGUCAAUCGAUGAGCAUUAUCACGAGAUGCUUGAAGUCUUGGAUAAUGUCAUCAAAUCUAUCCUGAAAGGCAUUUACGGCCGUCACCGCCGCGAAGUUGAAACUGUGAAGCACCUCUUCCCCUCCGAGGAUGUCGUUUGGCUUGAUGAGACCCCCAUUAUCCGUUUCGCGGAUGGAAUCAAAAUGCUCAACGACUCUGGAUGGCGGGAUGAAGAGGGGAACCCCUUGCCUGAUGAUGAAGACCUCCAUACUCGCGACGAGAUCCGACUGGGAGAGUUGGUCAAGGAGAAGUACGGCACUGACUACUACGUCCUUGACAAGUUCCCUGCCAGUGCGCGUCCAUUCUACACCAUGCCUGACCCUGAGAACAACCGAUACACCAACUCGUUUGAUAUCUUCGUGCGUGGACAGGAAAUUGUCACUGGUGGUCAGCGUAUCCACGACGCCCGAAUGCUCGAGGAGAGUAUGCGCCGCGCGGGCAUCAAACCGGAUAGCAUGGAGGAAUACAUGGAAGGCUUCCGCUGGGGUGCUCCGCCGCACGCGGGGGCUGGUGUUGGUCUCGAGCGUCUGCUCAUGCUCGUUCUCAAGUUGGGCAACAUUCGUCUGGCGUCUCUCUUCCCGCGUGAUCCCAGGAGCUUCCCGAGCAAGCCACCGGUUCUUGAGCUUCGACACCCCGAAUCGUCCACCAUGGAACCUCCAUGGCACCGUGAGAAGAGGAGCCAGCUCGCCGAGAGAGAUAGCGACCUGCAACCCCUAGCGCAUCUGAUAGCCAACUAUGGUGAUGCCACCUCCACGUCGUGGGGUGACGAGCGGUACAAGAUCUGGCGUGACAUGGCCACUGGUGCAGCAGUCUCAUACGUGCCCAGUGUCAACAACCACGUCGUGGUUCCGGGCAACCCGCUCUGCGACCCCAGCCAGUACAACCGCAUCAUCACCCAAUUCCUCCACUGGUUGCACCGCGAAACCAAGUACAAGCCUAUUUGGCUUCUGUGCUCCCCCGAAGUCGAAGCCAUCCUGGGCGACAAGCUAGGCUGGCGCUCCAUGAGCUGCAUCGCAGAGGAACGAGUCGAUCCGCACCGCAAUCAGGCGGCCUCAGACGGUGAAAUUGCCCGCAAGAUCCGCCGCUCAGAGAAUGAAGGUGUCAAAAUCGUGGGCAUGAACAAAGGCGAGAUUGUCUCCGACGACGUCCGCCAGAAGAUCGACCAGCGCAUCAACGACUGGCUCUCCAACCGCAAGGGUACCCAGGUGCACCUGUCGGAAAUCCAACCCUGGCGUGAUCACGAACACCGCUGGUACUUCUACGCUACCGAAAAGUCCGGCCAGAUCUGCGCAUUUGUCACACUGGCCACUCUCUCGCCUGUCCACGGCAUGCAGAUCAAAUACAGCUUCGACUUCCCUAACGCUCCCAACGGCGUCAUCGAACACAUCGUCACACACGCAAUCCAGACAGCCGCGCAGUCGGGUGUCAAGUCACUCACCUUCGGCGCAGGCGCGACAGCUUCCCUCACACCAGGCCACAACAUGUCUGGCGCAAAGGUCAAGUUCCUGCGCAACUCGUACGAAGGCGUGGCCAAGCAGUUUAACCUCGUCCGGAAGAGCGAGUUCCGGGCUAAAUUGGGCGCCGAAGAGGAUCCGUUGUGGUUGGCGUACCCGCCACAUGAGGCAUUUUGA